CAGGCCGGUCUUGGUCUCCCUGCAUUCCACUUUUCUUUGCUUCAGUUUGAGCUGCACUUGCCAUCAUGAGACUGGGCAUGCUUCUACUGUUCUCGGUGCUUUGGACGGCACAAGGUUUUCCUGCACAUAACGGUUGUGUCGGAAGACCAGGCGGUCCCCCAGGUUUAGUCAAUCCAUCUUUCCAACCAGUGGUAUUUGUACCCGUCUACUUGGCUUCUCCGGCAACUGGUCCAUGCGGUGGUCCAGGUCAAGGAGGUGAUGGUGGAAGUGGAGGAAGCGGUGGAAGUGGAAGCGGUAUCGGAAGUGGAGGAAGCGGUGGAAGUGGAAGUGGAACCGGAAGUGGAGGAAGCGGUGGAAGUGGAGGAAGCGGUGGAAGCGGAGGAAGCGGGAAACCUCAAGGACCGGUUCGAGAGGAUCACCUCUGGGCUAUCAGCCCAAGUAAUGUGCAUGCAUCACAUUUACGGAAACACCCAAAAGGGAACGACAGUUGCACAAAGGUCUAA